GGGGGGAAUGAGGCGGCCGCGGCGGGCCAGCGGCGGAGCCGUGUAGCAGAGAAGCGGCUUCUCUCCCUGCUUCCUUGACCGAGCCGGGGGCGCGCGCGCGCGCGCGGCCGUCAGGAGCGGGCUCCCCACCCCUCGACUCCCGCGACCCGCGCUGCACCCCCACCCCGGGCCCGGAGGAUGAUGAAGCUCAAGUCGAACCAGACCCGCACCUAUGACGGCGACGGCUACAAGAAGCGGGCCGCGUGCCUCUGCUUCCGCAGCGAGAGCGAGGAGGAGGUACUACUUGUGAGCAGUAGUCGCCAUCCAGACCGAUGGAUUGUCCCUGGAGGAGGCAUGGAGCCUGAGGAGGAGCCCAGUGUGGCAGCAGCCCGGGAAGUCUGUGAGGAGGCUGGAGUAAAAGGGACAUUGGGAAGACUAGUUGGAAUUUUUGAGAACCAGGAGAGGAAGCACAGGACGUAUGUGUACGUGCUCAUUGUCACAGAAGUGCUGGAGGACUGGGAGGACUCUGUGAACAUUGGAAGGAAGAGGGAAUGGUUUAAAAUAGAAGAUGCUGUCAAAGUGCUGCGUUGUCACAAACCCGUGCAGGCGUCAUACUUUGAAACGCUGAGGCAAGGCUACUCGGCCAACAAUGGCACCCCGGUUGUGGCCACCACAUACUCGGUUUCUCCUCAGAGCUCCAUGUCAGGCAUCAGAUGACUGAAGACUUCCUGUAAGAGAAAGGGAAAUUGGAAACCAGACUGAAAUGCAGAUCCUCCCUCUCACCCUGGCUCUCUUCGCCUCUCCUCACAGGCCUCCUCUCUCUAAUACAGCAUGAUGGGCAGCAGAGAAAGGGGUGUUGGUGGCGCUGCUGCCGGGGUUACGCGGUGGGGCUUCUUCUUUUUAUCCGGGGGCGGGGUGGGUAGGUAAUUGUAAGUAUUUUGUGCAUGCUCUGUCUCUCCCUCUUUGCACCCCUGCAGGCCUCUGAAGAGGCAAACAGCGUUCCCUCCCUUGGAUUCCAAAAUGUUCCUGUUGGCCUCAGCCCAGUCCUGGCCAGAGAGUUUUCUUUGAUUUUUUUUUUUUUUUUUUAAAUUAAAAGGUACCAGCGUGAGAUAACUUGUCAAGCACUUGUCCUGCAGUGUGUGUCCGGUCCAGCAGGUUGGUCAUUCUCACUGCAGAAUGCAUCUACCUACACACUAUAGACUGGACGUAUAAUAUGUAAAUGAGUGGCUUUUAGAAGGGGGAAUUCAACUGUUUGCUUUUUCAAGUUUUUUUUUUUUUUUUUUUUUUAAUUUGGUAUAUUUCUGAAAUGGAGGGCCUCACAAUUACUUAGCUUUUUGCUUUUGAUGCUAGUGACUAGGCAGGUUUCCCUAUCCUCCGUUCCCCAGACAGUGAGGGAAGUGCUGGCGGCCUUUGUAGUGCUCCCGGGGCACCUGGCCUUCUCUUCUCUAAGCUGGGUUUCCCUGCCAGGAAAGAAACAGGAAGAAACCAACUGGCUCAGCCCAGAUCCGGAGAAACAGUGAUAGACGUUGGAUUCUGCCCUGCCUGUUGCUCAUAGGGUUUGAACUGGAUCCUUAGGAUGGCUGUCUAAAAACCGGAUCCUCGAAUGCUGCUUGUGUCUGCGUGGUUUGGAGUCUGUUCCAGAAUGUGGCCUAUCUCCUCCAGCUGCCGCUCCUCCUGUCCAUCCAGGCCUUAGGCCAUGCCGGCCUGGCUAUUGUCCUUGUGCACUGAGGCGUCUGGCUGUACCUUACAGAAGUGCAGCCGCAAAGUCCUGCCCUCACACCUGCUGCUGUGUGAAGUUCCUCGCCCCUGGGAGCGUGCUCAGAGAUGCCAAACUCUGCCCCCCAGGAUGGGAAAUGUCUGUCUGCAGCCUAGGGGGCGACAGGAGGCCACUUAGUCAUUUACUGGAGCGGAUGCUGGCUGGUUGGUUUCUGAUACAGGUUCAUGCUGGCUGCAUUUGCUAAUUGUGUUGUUUAGUUGAGAAGUAAAAUUGUCUUGAAAAGGGUCUUGCCUGAGGGUUGGGCAUGGGGGAGGGGGGCACUGAUUGAUCCCUGGCUUGGGACAGGAGAUUGUUGCUAUACUCUUAGUGGUGUCUCCUCUGUCAAAUCAUAGCCAAGAUGUGAAAUUAAAAUCGUAGCUCUUUAUUUAAAAAUUCUAAUAAAUAUUCAAACUUUGAAAAGCUUUUGCUCUUCUUCCCACUAAAAAGAAAUACACGUGUCUGGUAGAGCUGUGCCAUUUAGUGUCCUGCCGUUCUGGAGACAACAGCUGACGAGCUCUGACAUUUUCUGUCUGUUCUCAGUUGGUGUCCUUUCUCUCAUGCAGGAACAGUCAGAAAACAGAACCUCAGAGCCCUCGAAAGGGAUCCGGCCCGAGCAGAGGCCUGGGGGAUAGAAACGCAGGCACCUCGGGGUGUAAGCCUGACCACCAGCUUGCUGUUCACGUGCCCUGCGUCAAAACAAACACUGCUGCUCUUUGCCUGACUUGGCGCAUCCUAAGCUUCUGUCCAAAUACAUGCGAAGUAGAGUCCACAGAGUACGGGCCACAGAUCAAUCUUGGGAGUGUGCUGCAGGUGCGUCCCAGGAGGCGGCCGGUGCUCCUGACAGCGGGGCUCGGGGGCCGUGAGCUGUGUGCUCGCCUGUUCACUCUCAUGCUCUGAAGAUGUUUUGGCUGGAUUGCUGGGACAAUAGACUUCUCCCAGAAGUGCAGUUUGGAUUGGUGCUGGUGUCUUGGGUCAGGAGAGUGGACUGUGGUGACAUGAAUGGGUCCUAUUAAUGCAGUUAGCUAGAGAGAGCGUUCUGAUGCCUUCUUAGCUGACAAAGGGAUGCUUUGUCCGAUGCCAGAGCUGUCGGAACUGGUGCUGUUGCCCUGGGACUGCAGUGAGCUGGGCUUGGUGUUUUUCUCUCCCGGCACUGUACACGGAUGGCUAUUUUUACUGAUGUGUAGUUACAGUCCUUUGUGACAGACGAGGCGGUUGUCCGGCUGAAGUAACCUUUAUCUCCAGUGACCCUGCUGGUGGGAUGUUUCACUGGCACUGAUCGGCCAUCAGUUCUGCCAGUGCUAGCUUUGUGGAAACAGGCCCUGGGUUUCGGACAGGCAGAUGCAGUCUCUGGCUCGCAGGACUGGUUAUUACGAGAUCGUCCGUCAUCGGCCCCCGGAUUCAGGAGAGAAGAAUGUAAUGGGGGUUUUAAUUAAAGCUUGUUCUUAGCUUGUAAAUUGUAGCCAUUUGGGAAACACCAGUAAGGUCCUGCAGCCUCUGUGGAUCAGGACUUAAUUGUGUGUGUGAGAGAGAAGGGAGUGGACCACAGGAAAGAGUACAAUCCAUGAGACAGGAGUCUGGAUUUUUCUCCUAGCAAACCUAACAGGAUGGAACAGUUACUGAAUCGGUUGUGUUCUGUUUGUACAAGUGUCUUCUGCCCCGCCUGCCCUUCCUGGAGAGGGCCCCUCACUGCGGGGGCUAGGCUGAGCCAUCUGGCAGGGGUCAAAGGGUAUGGGAGUGUCGCCCCCUCUGAGACCACGGAAGGCUAGAGGGUGGCCUCACUGCUAGACUUCCGCCCUCGGCGUGGCGCCGUGCAUCCUGCAGGGGCCCUGGAGGCCUUGUUCGCACAGCCUCCGAGGAGCAGGGCAGGUCACUGCCCCCAGGAUUCUUGUGCAGGCGGUGUGUAAAUGUGGUGCUGCUUGGUCAGUUCCUUGGUGCCAAGGACAUAUUUUCUAUUUUGAUGUUAGGAGUCAGCCCAUGUGGAGUCUCACAGGCAUGCCUAGAAGCGAAGACUCACUUCUGUGGGUUUUUUAAAGAAGAAAAAAGGUCUGUGCGAAACCAUUCUUCCUCCUCCUGCUUCUCCCCUUUGCUCUUCUCCACUCCCUCCUCACUCUCUGACGGCUCCUUCCAGCCCUCUGUAGCCAAAGGUGUCGUCAGUCUUUGGGUAGCCCUGGUGUACACGCCACAUACUGGAGCCCACGGACUUCUCACGGCCGUUUGGGCUGCGUUAGCCUUUGUACAGUCAUAAUCCUCAUCAUCUUCUUUUUUUUUUUUUUUUUUUAACAGCUUAGCCUGAGCCACAUGCAUUUUGUUAACAAAAAGGAGGGUAGUACCCACAGUGUGAUUUUUCCACAGUUGUGAUUUUAUUAUUUCUGAAGUAUGCUUUCAGCCCAUUCUGGCUGAGAGUUGAAAUACCUGGAGAAGUCUCCAUGUGGGUUAAUUUUUGCUUUCUGGUUUUUGUUUUUGUUUUUUAAGAUUUAUUUAUUUACUCGAGAGGCGGAGUUACAGACAGAAGGAGAGACAUAGAGAGAGGUCUUCCAUCUGCUGGUUCACUCCCCAGCAUGGCCGCAAUGCCGGAUCUGGGCUGAUCUGAAGCCAGGAGCCAGGAGCUUCUUCCAGGUCUCCCAUGUGCCUGCAGGGGCCCAAGGACUUGGGCCAUCUGCUGCUGCUUUUCCAGACCACAGCAGAGAGCUGGAUGGGAAGUGGAGCAGCUGGGACUCAAACCAGUGCCCAUAUGGGAUGCCAGCGCUGCAGGUGGAAGUUUCACCUGCUGUGUCACCCCCAAAUUUUUGCUUUCUGAAGAGAAAUGAGAAUUGGCUGUAAUUGAUAAUAGAAUUUUAUCAUGGUCCCAUCUGUAUUUCAGAAAACAAUGCACAGAUUUCCAAAAAGUGCGAGGCAUGCAGGGAGAGGGAGGGAGGAGAUUACUUAAAAUGAUUAAACGAUGCACACAGCUCCUCUAGUUCUCAUUCUGAACGAUUCUGAGAGAGGCCAGAGCCAAGGCCUGUGGUUCCUGCUGCCCGGUUGAGAUGGCCUCGUUUCUUCUGAGUCUCAGUGGGUGGAGCUGUCCGUGUUAGUGGCUCAACCUGGCCUCUGUCAGGCGGGUGGGAGUGGGUGGGCGAUCACCGGGACCAGCCUGUGCAUUGACCUCACUGCGCAUGAGGGCUGUGCUUUCUUUGUCACUUUCAGUGUCACCAAACGCAGUGAGAUAUUUGAGACAUUAAAGUAAAAACUCCUGAUCUGAGCAACAUUGACUACAAUCGGGCAGAUUCUGUUGUGCCCACAUCUGGUUGCGUUGAGAAUCUGGGGCCCGGGGAUUUCGGGCGCUCUGCUUUGAGCACCCCACCCUGCCUCUCAGAGAACAGCUAGUUUUGCUUUAACCCAAAAACUUGUGUGUAGCUGAUAACCUUUCAGGGGCAUCUGAGAAAAUGAUACUUCUCACCUUCCCGUUAGUCAAAUAGUUGUCUUCCUGGCUCCCUUAAGGCCCAGAAGGGAGAAAGCAAGCUCCGAGUUGUGUUGAUCUGGGCGCGCUGCGUGCGGGAGGGCAGCAGGCGCGUGGUUUUUGCUGUGCCCGCCCUGCAGCUUUGUGCACAGUGAUUGGCGAGGUUGAGCUUGUCCUGGAACGGGAGACUGCCGCCCGGGGAAGAGCCGAGGCGAGCCGUGAGGACUGCAUGGUGCAGCCAGACGGAGCUGCAGAAGGUGCUUUUGCCAAAAAAGAAAGAUUCUGACCUAGGAGGUGGGGAGGGCCCCUGCUGCUGUCCCUCUAGCAGUCCGUGUAAUCACUCCCAAGUUUUCUUUGGUUUACAUUCCCAGUUCUUAGCCAUAAAACUUAUGUGAUUUCUUACCAGGCAAAACCCAAAAAAGGCAUUUACAGUCCCGAACAGAGGCUUUAUGGGAUAGACGAGCCGCAGCCUGCCCACGCUGCCCAGGCCAUCGCCGUUUCGGUGUGCUCCCUUCCGCCCCAAAGCCAGGCCAGGGUGCAGUGCUCGUAAUCACUGAGUCGUGGUCUGGACCGGUCAUCAGCUCAGUGCUUGGUAUCUGUGGGAGAGCUUUUCAGAGACCUUGGGACGGAACAGUGAAAUAGCUUUUCUGGCUUGAGGUCCCAAUGAGGAGUCUAAAUUUAAAUGGAUGAAUUUAUUUAUUCAGAAGGCAGGCUGACAGGUGUUGCAUCCGCUGGGUCACUCCCCAGAUGUGAGCAGCAGUAGCUGGAACUCCAGCCUGGUCUCCUGCAUGGCCACUUCCGCUGCCUCCUGGUAUGUUAGCAGGAAGCUGGGUUAGAAGCGAAGCAGCUGGGACUGUCACUCAUGUGGGAUGUCAGCUUAGCCUGCUGCACGCCAGACCCUGACAUCAAAAUCUUAAUUCUUUGAAGUCCUUAGGAAAAGGUCGGAAGUGCUGGCCUUACAACGGAACCCCCUUCUCUGUGUGGAGUGGUGGUGUCACCUGUGGGAAGUCCCUCUGCCAGGGAGAGGGCCUGGCGGUCCCUGCAGAUUCAUGGAGCCUGUCUGCCAGCACUUGUGUGUGGUACUGGAAACGAGAACCUUAGAAGUGCCACCUUAGCUGAGGCACCACUUGUCCCUCUGCCACCGAUAAGACGCUCUGCAGCCUUCAGCCUUGGUCUUUCACCUCCGUCUGUUGGGGAGGAAGCGUGUCGCUAAUAAGUGACCCAAAGGACAUCUGCUUUUAGUUACUCAGUUACAGCAGUAUAACAACUAAAAUGGGGGCCCGGAGGGGUUAGGCUGACAGUGGACGCACCUAGGAGCAGUACUGAGAAUGACGGGUCUGCUCCACACACCGUCUCCCCAGGCAGCGGGGCUGAGGCCGAGCCCGGGAGAGCCUCGAGGUGCUGGAGAGGGAGCGUCUGCCCAGGGAGCAGAGGCUGUGUCCUCCCCAGCGCAGGGGCCGUCUCGGCUGCAGCCUGCCCUUUGACCUCUGCCCUGCGGCCCAGAGCGGUUCUGCUCAGAUCUUUGCCAAGGAGACUCUGCUGCCAGAGUCCUGCCGAGGCCUCCGAAGGCUUCAUCCUUUCGCUUCCAUCCGAGGAGUCCCGGCACCUGCCAUGUCGUCUUCAUUAGUGGUUAGAGCAGUGACUGGUCCAGUGUGGUGUAGAAGAAAUGUGGACGUGCUGCAGCUUUGUUCACGAUGCCUGUUACGUCCAUUCUGCUGCUUCCCGGCCGGGGUGGGGGCGGAGGAAACGAGUUCCGUCAGUGUCUGUCUGAAGAAGCCCUCCAACUGGUGCCAGUGUGUCCGUCAGGACGUCGGUGGCCUGGCCUUGGCUGCAGGAGCCUUGGCUUCUGUGCUUUCCAGUGAUCUUGGUAAGGGCUGGGUUCCGAGGAGGCCUCCCCCGGGGGGUGACCUCCAGACAGCCCCAGGUUUCCUCACCUCCACGCCAUCAGCAUCACAGAGGGCGACAGCCCCAGGACCAGCCAUGGAGGAGAUGUGCUGCCUCCCUGAGGCCAGGUCACCUGGAUGCAGUGAGCUGGCCUCUUCCCCGGCACAGGCGUCCUGCUCCUUCCCCUGGUGCACAUACAUUUCAGCCUCCAGAACCGGCCGGGGCCCCGGGUGCCCGGGCUGCUUCGCUAUGUAGAAAGGCAGGAAACAACAGCCAGCGGGCCGGGUCACCUUUGAAGAGGAGGGCGAGCAGGGCCCCUGUGAGUGCCGCAGAGCUAGGAGUCCACACGAUGGCGCCGUGGGGCGGAGGGCUUGGUUGUGAUCCUAGAUCCCGUGGCGCCUGUGCGUGCAGGGUCACAAAGCCGGGGCUUGGUGAUCCUGCCCUCGGCCCCGGGGUCGAUGCGCGCUGGGAUCCACCAGGCUGCGGGCGCGUGGCCUUGCGCUUUGUUUCCCAGGCCUUUUGCUUGCUAUUGCUUGGACGUUUGAGCUUUUCCUCUGGCCUGCGCAGGGCCGUGUCCGUGUCUGCACUGCGCUCCCAGGAAGACCUCGGCGGUGCUCAGCAGCUGCAGGGGGUUUGGACCAGAGAAGUCAGGAGGAAACGAGCUUUCCUGUGUCCUGCUCUCAAGGCGGGUGUCACAGGCCUCCUGCCCGCCCCUGCCCAUGGGUGCGGCCGGCAGAUCCUAGGAUUGUGCAGGAGAGCUGAGAAGACCAGCCCAGGUCUGGCCCAAGACAGGUGCACAGCAGAUGCUACCCCACCUCCCCUUAAUAGCAACCGUAUGUAACCCUUCCCCGUCCUUGCUAACAUGUCCCCCUGUGUGGCGCCAGCAACAGCGGAGAGACAGACCCUUCCCACAGCUAGAGCGCGCCUCGGUACUGCACUAGGAGCCCGGUGCCCCUCUCCUUUUGUACAAAUGCUUGAGCCUGUGAGCGUGCCCCUCCUUUCCAUCCUGUUAACUCUUUCCUUCUGUCUGAGCUGUGUGGGAGGGAAGGGCAUUGCCACUGUAGGUUGUAAUCUUGUGCCAACCAAUAAAAACCAGUAUUUCCCACACGCA